AAAAAAAAAUAGUUUCUCUCUCUUCAAAGAAAGAAGGAAAAAAAAAACGAAAAUUUAUUUCACAAAUACAAAAAAAGAAGAGAGCUUUCUUGUAGAAAUGAAUCGAUUGUGCCUGGUUAAAGCAAUUGGGGGUUCUGUGGAUCAGACAACGUAAACAAACCCUGUUUUCGUGUUGUGUCCUCUUUGGUUUUCUCAUUUUCUAUUUUUUCUCGGAGAAAAACCUUUUCUGAGCUUUCCGGGAAAGUUUUGUCAGAUUCGAAACGAAACAAAAAAAAAAAAAUCAAAGAAAAUCCACAGAACAACCAAAACACAGAUUCUUUCGAUCACAAUCCCUUUUGAUCAUUUCUCUAAUCAAUCACCUAAAAAUUUCACAACGUUUGAAUAUGAAACCACCACAAGCAGCUUCGUUAGAUAGGUGGAGAGACUAUUUCCGGCGAGGAGAUUCCGAUAUAUUCGAGAUCAUCGAUCACGCCAUCAUGGUUGCUGCUACAGAUUGUCCGAUCAAAUUCAAAUCGAGAAGAGACAAAAUCGCCGAGCUUCUCUUCUCCUGCAGAGUCACUCGCUGCUGCACCGGUUGCCACCACAACCGGGAGCUAUCUCUUCACGAAGAAGACGAGGCGGUUGAUGUUGGUGCUGGUAGUAAAGAGAGCAAAGCUAACAGUAGCAGAGGAGAUAACAAUCACAUCAAUCAGAUUGUUAGCAAUAAUUAUAAUAAUUAUGAUGAUGAAGCCGAGGCUUUGAGCGAUGCGAUUGAAGAGUUUUCUAUGGUUUCUAAGGAAGUUGUUAGGAUCAAAGAGAUAUUGCUCAACAGAGACGACGAGCCACACUCGGUGAUACUCGAAUCCCUGAGAAAGCUGAAGUUGAUGUCUUUGGAUGUGGAUGUUCUUAAGGUUAUUAACUCGCAGAGUACUGAGAUCGGAAAGGCUGUUAAUGGCCUGAGGAAACAUGGUUCUGAUCAGAUACGCCAACUUGCAAAGACUCUUAUCGCAGAGUGGAAGGAGCUGGUUGAUGAAUGGGUGAACACCACAAAGGAAAUUGCUGGUGCUGAAGGUACACCAGAGUCUGCUAAUCCAUCUGUUGUUGAUGAAGAAGAAGAAGAGUUUCCAUCGCUUCCAUAUGGUGUUGAUAUCUUUACACCGGAAGCAAAUGGUUUUGAAAUGUUAAAUGGGGAUUUCUUUGAUUCCUUGGACCUUGAUGGAAAUCCUUGUAACUCUGGAGAAUACAACACAAGCCGAGAAGACCAAAGAAGACCACACAAGAGAAGACCUGAGGGAAGAACACAAAUGAGGAUACAAGACCCUCCUAUUAAGCCAUCAUCAUCAUUAUCUGAUGGGACUAGGAGACCUCUAAAGCAAAAUGUAGAACAAAGGUUCAAGAACGUAGUGGGAUCUGUUCAAAAACCCAUGAUCCAGAGGAGUAAACCGCUUUCUACACAACAGAAGCAGAAGGCUUCACAAGAAGUCAGUAAACAUAAAGGUCUUGAUGCAGACGCAAAGUUUGAGUUUGCUAAGAGGAAACUUCAAGAGAGCUACCAACACCAUGACAACGCCAAGAAGCAGCGAACAAUACAAGUACUUGAGACGAUCCCUAAGCAAGGUAGUAACGCUCAGAAACCGCAACUCAAGAGACCUGGAUUGAACAGCAAGAGUUGGUUUAACGGACGCAAAUAGCUUCUUUCUCUCCGUUUAAAAUGUUGAAUAACUUUCAGAGGAAAAAGACGUUAUUUACAUAACAUACCACAAAUAUCUGCAAGCUCUGGUGAAAUAAGGUAAAUCAGAGUCUAGUUCCACAAGCUGGAGACAGAAAGAAGCAGAGGAUGACGAUCAGCUUCAACAACUGAACUUUUCUUUGAACAGACUUUUUUACUCUUAUGAUUCCUUCUGUCUUUGAUUCACCAAUUUGCAGCCAGAUAGGAUCCUAACUAGUGUUACGUUCUUGACACUUUCGGUACAGUCCUGAUUCAGUUUAAUCCCCGUUUGGUCGGUCA